AUGAUAAGCCCUCUCUUAGAGUCGUCGACGACCCGUCAGAUCCGGCAAUACCUGCUACGCGAAUCAGCGAACAACCAAUUCUUCUACAGCGAAGGGAGCAAUGAUCAGAACGUGGACACCAUCCGGGACAGCCUCGGCAAGCGCCCUGUCCGCCUUCCCGACACGUUGUGA